AUUGUGGGCUUUUGACACACGCGCGCGCUGUCAGCAACACAGCGAGCACACCGCUACCGAGCUGGCAGGGAGAAAGAAUGUGAACAAGGUGGCUUUGUAUUUUAACUGUUGUCCGUUUCUCAGUCGAAAAAAAACACAAUCAGAGACAUCAGUAACAUGAGGUUAUUUUUUCGGAUUUUAUUCAAUUUUUGUGAGCCUUUUUUUCCCACGCUUUCUCAGAUGGAUUGGAAGCAGCAUUGCGAAGAAUGAGUGAGUGAGGACGGAGCAUCAUUUACCUUCACCGGAAAUUCAUUUUUGAUGACACUGUUCGGGAAACACUACUCUGAGUGUAUGGGAGUAUUUUUCGACGAAACGACCUUGUUUUUGGGAACAACACCUUAGACAUCAUGAGCUCUAAUGCGUAUCGCCGUGGCUCAAUGGGAGGCGAACCAAGUGGUGGGCCAAUUCGGUGUCAACGGUGUCGAGAAUUGUGCAAAGGAGAGGUGGUUCGAGUUCAAGAAACCCACUUUCAUGUCCAGUGUUUCACCUGCACAGUGUGUAACUGUGAUCUGGCGAGGUCAGGUUUCUUCCAGAAGAAGGGCGAGUACAUCUGCACAGCAGACUACCAGCGACUGUAUGGCACACGGUGCGACCGUUGCGACAACUUCAUCACAGGGGAGGUGGUCUCCGCUCUGGGACGGACUUACCACCCCAAGUGCUUUGUCUGCAGCGUCUGCAGUAAACCCUUUCCCAUCGGAGACAGAGUGACAUUCAGUGGAAAGGACUGUGUGUGCCAGCACUGCUCUGGCUCACUGGCCAAGCCAAAUGAACCUAUCAAAAUCCACGGGCCCAGUCACUGUGCCGGAUGUAGAGCAGAGAUCAAGCAAGGUCAGUCUCUCUUGGCGCUGGAGAAGCAAUGGCACAUCAGCUGCUUUAGAUGUCAAACGUGCAACAUGGUCCUCACCGGAGAGUACAUCAGCAAGGAUGGAGUGCCAUACUGCGAGGCGGACUACCAUGCCCAGUUUGGGGUGAAAUGCGAGGGCUGCUGCAGAUACAUAAGUGGAAGGGUUCUGGAGGCUGGGGGGAAGCACUACCAUCCAACCUGUGCCCGCUGUGUUCGCUGCAACCUGAUGUUCAAAGAGGGAGAGGAAAUGUAUCUGACAGGGUGUGAGGUGUGGCACCCAUUAUGCAAGCAAGCAGCGAGAGCAGAGAGGAGGCUCAGGGUGAGCUGGAUACUCAGGGUUCUAUUUGUUGGGUUAACAAAUGUGUUCAAAUGCCGAGUUCUCAAUACUACGUACUUGUUUUUUGUUUUUUUGGGGUGUGGUGGUACCUCACAGCACAGACGCCUGUCAGAGACCUCCAUCUCUCCUCCAGGCUCAUCCAUUGGCUCUCCCAAUCGGGUUAUAUGUGCCAGAUUGGCGAAUGAGUUCCUAGAUUAUAAGGACCUAGCUGCCCUCCCAAAGAUCAAGGCCAUAUAUGAAGUCCAGCAGCCAGACCUGAUAUGCUCCUCAUACCAGCCCUACCAGAGAUACACCUCUGAUGACAGGCUAGACAUGACUUACAGCUAUGGGGAGUCACUUGGGACACUAUCUCCCUAUUCUCAGGACUAUGACUGCCUGGACAUGAAGCAGAGGCGAUGCUCCAGUCCAGGUUACAAUGACACCCCAAACUACAGUCGUCAAGGCAUGUCACCCAUCAUGCCUCGCUCUCCGCAGCACUUUGGUUAUCCUGGACCUGAGAGUGGAAGGAGCUCACCAUACUACGGCCAAGAGGGACGGUCCAGCACACCGACCGUCAUCCAGCCCCCAAAACACUUUCACGUACCAGCCUCAGGGGAGCCCAACAUCUACAGGAAACCUCCCAUCUAUAAGAGAACGGCAACCAAGAGUAGGACCAGUGAGGAUAUCCUGACAUCCUCCCAACUCUCCACCUAUUCUCCUGAGCCAUACACCCAGUCGGAGUGUGACUACUACCCAUACGUCAGCUCCCCCAGGGCCUAUCGGGUACCACGGAGACGGUUCUCAACAGGGGGAGAUGAAGAGAGUUGGAAUCACAGUCUUCAAAGAAUUGGGAGUGGCAUAGGUAGGAUGAUCCUAAAGGAGGAGAUGAAAGCCAGAUCUGGUUCCUAUGACAACGACCCCUGGGGCAGUGCAAGGAAUUCUCGAAGUGGGAGCAAGGAAACCCUCAACACUACAGGCUACAACGCCACGACUUACACCAUUAAUGGAUCUCCCCGAUCUCAACACAGCACUGACGUUGAUUAUGUGUGCAAGUCUGCGUCACUUCCAGGUUAUGGACGCAAUGGGAUACAACGGCCUCAGAGUGCCGACUGCUACCAGUACCAGUAUGACAGCAGCAACGAAGUCAACUGGGGAAGCCGAGCGGAUUACAAGAUUUACCCCUAUGAAGCGCUCAUUGUUACCACCAGAGGGAGGAACAGGCUUCCCAAAGAUGUGGAGAGAGCCAGACUGGAGCGUCACCUGUCCCCAGAGGAGUUUGUCCAAGUGUUUGGCAUGACCAUUGAGGAUUUCGACAGGUUGGCUUUAUGGAAGAGGAAUGAGCUCAAGAAACAGGCCCGACUCUUUUAAUAGCGCAUAGACAUUCGUUAAAUGCUGCUAUACAUCUCGAGAGGAAUUGAUCAACUAUGGAGAUUUCUGCACCGUUUCACUGCCAUGGCUGAGAACCUGUUCUAGAUCUCGUCGAGCAAUCAACCAAGUUGUGGCCACACCAGCACCGACUCGUGUGAUUCAGAGACCUGUCUGCACAGGAACAGUGCUCGUGUGUUCACGUGCUGGAGUGAUCUGUAAGCAAUACAGACUGUGAAUUGGAGAUGCCAUCUUGUGCUUUUCUUUAUUGCGAAAGGCCUGAGGAAGGCACGCCCGCACCAUACGAAAUCAAAAUAAAUAAAUAAAUAACUUCAUCGGUUGCCCAACUUUGACACCGUGAGGAGAAUUUUGGCUUUGCCUUAUUUGUUACGCAUUUUACAUAUAUUUUAUGAGUGUGCAGCACCAGCAAUCUGAAUAAGUAGAAUGUAGUUGAAGUAUUACAAUUUUGUCACUUUCUUAGUGCAAAGGAUACACGAUGAUGAUGGAUGAGAAUUAGAUUGUUUGCUUUGGGUUUUUUGCAUUCUCAUCACUUCUUCCCCCAGAUUUUGCACUCUUACUCAAAAUACGGUGUUGCUUUGUACUGACUAAUAAUAAGAAACAACGAGCAGUGGAAAGUACUUUCAAACGUAUUUGACUUACAGUAAAUUUGAAAAACCAAAGUGAGCAAAUACAGAUUUGCAGGACACCGAUGUCAAGGUUGCAUGAUUUAAAACGAAUGGCAAAGCAUUUACCGGUACUGUGUCGUUACAUUUGAGAACGUGGGAUACACUUCACCGAUAACAGAAGACAAGCCACCGACUCCAUGUUAUCUUUCCAUUUGUUUUGGAGUUAAUUGCACGAGAGCGUUGCAGACAUCGGUCACCCAAACACAUAAAAGGAAUAUCCAAUAAUUGUGUAGCUAUACAGGGAUUAUGAUUGCUAAUGAAAAAAAAAAGUGCUGAGCAAGGAUUUCUCCCAUGUUGCUUAAAAUUCUGGGUUGUUGACAUUUUUCCUUUGAACACCGUUAUUUUGGAUUUUGUUACUAAAAUUAAACUUACACUCUCUGUCUCUCUC